AUGUUGAGAGAAGUAAAAGCCAAGAACCCGCGCACUGCGCGUAUCCUCAAAGCGCGGGAGCCGCAACUCAUUGAACCCCCCAAGAAGACCCUGAUUUUCCACGGCGCAAAAUGCCCUCAAACGCUGGACACCGUGCUGAAGACCUUCCACGCUCUGACGAAGCCUUACAACGUUCUCUUCCACAAGAAAAACGAGAAUUUGCACCCAUACGAGAACUCGGAGAGUCUGGAAUUUUUGGCAAACAAGAACGAGUGUGGUCUCGUAGCAUUCGGAAGCCACAACAAGAAGCGCCCCAACUGCAGCUACUCGACCUCAUUGAGCUGCUACUACUUCCCCCGGGACGGCGAGACCAUCCCACCUUUCAACGAACUCGUUAUGGAUGUCGGUCUCGGCCUGCGACCUAUGAUGCUGUUCUCAGGCAGCUCAUGGGACGACCCUACAUCGACCGCGCAUAUCAUUCUCAAGAGCACUCUGCUUGAUAUGUUUAAGGGCGAAGAGACCCACCAGGUCGACGUUGAGGGCCUGCAGUACGUUAUGAUGGUUGGUGCAGAGGAGCCCCAGGAAGGCCUGUCACCGAUCGUUCACUUGCGCUGGUACCGAGUUGUCACCAAGCGCAGUGGUCACAAGCUGCCGCGCGUGGAGUUGCAGGAGGUUGGCCCCAAGUUCGACUUCAAGAUUGGCCGCACACGCCAGGCUGCUCCUGAGGUGCAGAAGGAGUCCAUGAAACAGGGCAAGCGUCCCAAUGAGGAGGCCCGAACCAAGAAGAACGUCAUUACCGAUACUAUGGGUGACAAGAUUGGUCGCGUUCACCUCGGCAAGCAGGAUCUGUCUGAGCUGCAGACCCGUAAGAUGAAGGGUCUCAAGCGUCGGGCGGGCAUGGAGUCUGACGACGAGGAGCCCUCCGCGGAGAUGAUGGAGGUGGAUGAGGUUUCUUCUGACGAGGAGGAGAGCCACAAGAAGGCACGGAAAAACUAA